AUGCGCUCGACGAGCUGGUCGAGUACUACCUCGGCGAACUCAUUCUCUCCCAAGGCGUUUGCGAAAGCGGCGGACGUGUGUCACCAGCUCCUCGCGGGCCACCUCUGGGAAAAGUACGUCUACGUCUUUGCGCAGAAGGGCGCGCUGGGCGCGAUCGCCAAGUACAUGCCGACGGCCAACCCGCGCUUGCCGUCGAGCCAGUACGAGAUGGUGCUGACGCACUUUCUCGAGACGGACCCGGCGUCGCUCCUCGAGAUCAUUCGCAAGUGGCCCAAGCCGCGCCUCCAGGACAAGCUGCCCGUGCAGUCGAACGCCGACGCGUGGAUCAACCAGCUCGAGGUGCCCACGACCGUGCGUCGGCGCCGGCUUGCGGAAGCCGACCACAUGAGCAUGGAGACUGCCUUCCUGAUGGAAGCGCUCGCAGAGCUCUACACGGCAACUGAGCAGUACGACCACGCGCUCCGCAUCUACCUCAGCCAGGGCUCCAUGUGCUCCAACAAGGACCCCGCGUUCAAGCUCAUCGUCGAGCACAACUUGUGGGACUCG